AUGACUUUGAUGCAGUCACAAGAGGCAAGUGCUACAAAACGUGCACUUGCUUUGCCCGAAAUCGUCUUCGAGAUUCUUGCUUGUCUUGAAGCUCAAGCUGACCUUUGCCCACAGCUGGUCCAAUCCACAUUGCGUGCCUGUACCUUGGUCAACUGGACAUGGUUCUUUGAUGCGAAUGUCUUUCUUUAUCGUGCUCCUUACAUUCGUCAUGGCCGAGGAUCCGAGGCAAAGAUAAAUGCAUUUGUCCGCACUCUAAGCACCACCAAUCGUGGUAUCUAUGUGCGCUCGCUUUCUCGCUGCAAAGUCGAGCUCUGGGACAUUUACCCUUCGCUCGAUAGGCUGUUUGAAUAUUGCCCACGUCUUUCCUCCCUUGCUCUGUGCUUUCGUUCAGGCGAGCAAGGCCAUUUGAUGGAGCCAUUCGAAGCUGAAGCUUUCCGUUCGUUUAACCCGACCAUUGCAAAGGGUAUGUCACAUAUCCAUGAACUUGACCUGACUAGUGUGUCCAUCAAUUCGACCGAUAAGGAUGACGCUGCCUAUGCAGAUGCUGCUUUGAACUGCAUCAGCGCAUGCACCCGCCUCCAGAAGCUAGUCACCACACGCGCUGACUGGACAAAUAUUAGAACGAUCUCGCGACACCUUACAGACCUUAGUAUUUCGUUUGUGGCGCCACCAGACCUCAAGACAAGCGUUAUGCUGGCUCCUAACUUGGUCCAACUGACUAGCCUUCAUUUGCAUCAUGCCUUGCACGCCCAGCCCGCUUAUGAUUUUACACGGGUUCUGGCCCAGUACUGCUGCUCUUUGAUCAACCUCGAUAUCUGUCCUGAGGUCAUCACAACCACCUCCCUUGAGAAGUUGGUCGAACGCAACCCAAGGCUUACGUCAAUUUACCUUCGCAACUGUCCAGACGAAUAUACAUCGGCAGUUUUGGAGCAUCCACCUCAGAAUCUUAAAUUUUUUGACAUGGGUGUUGUUGACUCGCAGUUAAUCCUCAAGGCUCUAGCCCUAUGCCCCAAGCUGACAUCUACUGGCAAGUCGGCACCCAGAAACAAUAACACUGCUGAGUUCUGGCAGAGCUUUUUGGAACGUGCUCGUCAGAUCCAGGAAUUGCAUGUGGAGCGCUGGACCGACUUCCACAGCAAGGAUUUGUUUUUCAAUACUGUCCUUCCAAAGCUCGGACCACAGUUGGUCCGACUCUGGUUUGGCUGGAGAGAUCUUUUGGGAUGCGACGAGUUGGAACGUGUGCUCACUUCUUGUGACCGUCUUCAAGUCCUUCGAGCACCUGUGAAGGGCAAUGGCCAGAACUUGGUUCGAUGCUUUAAGGUCGUCGCUGAUCGAUCUCGACUACGCGAGGUGCGUCUCUUUGGAGACAACGUCAAGUUCUGCGAUGACGACAAACGACGAAUGCAACGUUUCCUUCCGGUACUUUGCAGCUUCACCAACUGA